ACGUCCUUCUGGAACCUUCCAGAACCUUCCAGGUCCUCCAGGAACCGUCUGGAACCUUCCAGAACCGUCUAGAACCUUCCAGAUCCUCCUGGAUCCCCUCAGAACCAUCCCAGAGCAACCCCCUCAUCGCCGGGAAGUGAUGGGAACGUCCUUCUGGAACCUUCCAGAACCUUCCAGAACCUUCCAGAUCCUCCUGGAACCUUCCAGAUCCUCCUGGAACCUUCCAGAUCCUCCUCAGAACCAUCCCAGAGCAACCCCCUCAUCGCCGGGAAGUGAUGGGAACGUCCUUCUGGAACCUUCCGGAACCUUCCAGGUCCUCUUGGAACCUUCUGGAACCAUCCCAGAUCCUCCUGGAACCUUCCAGAACCUCCUGGAACCUUCCAGAUCCUCCUGGAACCUUCCUAGAUCCUCCUGGAACCAUCAGAGAUCCCUCAGAACCAUCCAAGAUCCUCCUGGAACCAUCUGGAACCAUCCCAGAUCCUCCUGGAACCUUCCGGGACCUUCCAGCUCCUCCAGGAACUUCCCAGAACCAUCCCAGAUCCUCCUGGAACCGUCUGGAACCUUCCAGAUCCUCCUCAGAACCAUCCCAGAGCAACCCCCCGAUCGCCGGGAAGUGAUGGGAACGUCCUUCUGGAACCUUCCAGAACCUUCCAGAUCCUCCAGGAACUUCCCAGAUCCUCCUGGAACCUUCCAGAUCCUCCUGGAACCUUCCAGAACCUUCCCAGAUCCUCCUCAGAACCAUCCCAGAGCAACCCCCUCAUCGCCGGGAAGUGAUGGGAACGUCCUUCUGGAACCUUCCAGAACCUUCCAGAUCCUCCUGGAACCUUCCAGAACCUUCCAGAUCCUCCUAGAACCUUCCAGAUCCUCCUCAGAACCAUCCCAGAGCAACCCCCUCAUCGCCGGGAAGUGAUGGGAACGUCCUUCUGGAACCUUCCAGAACCUUCCAGGUCCUCCUGGAACCUUCCAGAACCAUCCCAGAUCCUCCUGGAACCUUCCAGAUCCUCCUCAGAACCAUCCCAGAGCAACCCCCUGAUCGCCGGGAAGUGAUGGGAACGUCCUUCUGGAACCUUCCAGAACCUUCCAGGUCCUCCAGGAACCUUCCAGAUCCUCCUCAGAACCAUCCCAGAGCAACCCCCUCAUCGCCGGGAAGUGAUGGGAACGUCCUUCUGGAACCUUCUGGAACCAUCCCAGAUCCUCCAGGAACCUUCCAGAACCAUCCCAGAUCCUCCUGGAACCUUCUAGAUCCUCCUGGAACCUUCCAGAUCCUCCUGGAACCUUCCAGAACCAUCCCAGAUCCUCCUGGAACCUUCCAGAACCUCCUGGAAUGUCCUGGAACCAUCCCAGAUCCUCAAGAAACCUUCCAGAACCUUCCCAGAACCUUCUGAAACCUUCCAGAACCUUCUGGAACCAUCCCAGAUCCUCUUGGAAUGUCCUGGAACCAUCCCAGAUCCUCCUGGAACCUUCUGGAACCAUCCCAGAUCCUCCAGGAACCUUCCAGAACCUUCCCAGAACCUCCUGGAAGCAUCACAGAUCCCUCAGAACCAUCCCAGAUCCUCCUGGAACCUUCAAGAACCUCCUGGAACCUUCUGGAACCUUCCCAGAUCCUCCUGGAACCAUCACAGAUCC